CUGAAUUACGACAUCGUCGCAUUGCGACUUGACUGCUUCUACUUCAAAGAACACAACAGUCUCGACAGAAUUUGCUAAUAAUCGCCAGUCCGACACUGUUUGAAUGUGAAGUGGCGGCAAAUCAGAAAGUUGAUCGCCAGUCCGAUAUAUCUUUAGUUAGGGUUUAAUCCACUCAUUUGCAAUUGGUUUUGUACUCUGAACAUCGGUUGGCUGAGCUUGUUGAGUCCUCUACAAUGACAGUGGACUCUUCCUCAUCAGUUUGCAAUUUGGGGAUUUUGGACUCUCUCAAUGACGAUGCGAUUCAAGAAAUUCUGGAAAGCUGGAAUGGCUUCUGCUUCUCCACCGAAGCUCUUCUCAAAGCCAACGGUGACCUAUCGUACGGUUCAGAGUUCGUGUCUCACGCUCUCACUCUCUGCAACCACGGCCUCCAAUCUCUCGCUCAAGAACACUUCCUUCGCUCUCUUGAGGAAACUUUCGAGAAAAAUGGAGUACCAAAAUUCUGGCGGCAUUUUGAUGCUUACAGCAAUGUUGCAGCUUUAGAAAUGAAUGACCCGGUUCAAGAGAAUGGAGUUCAACAAGUAUUAUGUAAAGCUCUUGAAGAGAUAUCGUUGGAAAAACAAUACCAGGAGAAGUGCCUUUCAAUGUUGGUUCAUGCAUUACAGUCAUACCGAGAUAGUAUGUCGGAGGGAAGACACAAGUCAGAUUCCGAAAGAAUCCAUCUUUCUUCUAAAUAUCAGUUAAUGGUGUCUUCAGUUCUCAUGGCCUCUCUUCCUCGGCAUUUUCCUGAGAUACUCCACUGGUAUUUCAAGGGAAGGCUGGAGGAGUUAAGUACAAUUAUGGCUGGAGAAUUUGGAGAAGAUGAUGAAUCACAAGAUAAAGAUGACAUGGAUAUAGAUGAAAAAGGUAAACUCCCCUACAGAAUUGGUGAAAUGGAUAUUGAUGGGUACUAUCGUCAGAGAAGGUUUUCAGAAAACAACAAACUAGUGAAGAGCAUUGGAACGGUUGUUCGUAAUCUUAGAAGUCUUGGAUUUACAUCAAUGACGGAAGAUGCCUAUGCUUCUGCUAUAUUUUUACUUUUAAAGGCUAAAGUUCAUGAUCUGGCUGGUGAUGAUUACAGGAGUUCUGUUUUGGAGUCCAUUAAGGAGUGGAUACAGGCUGUGCCCCUCCAGUUCUUGCAUGCACUUCUUGCUUAUCUCGGUGACUCGGUUAGUUAUGACAGCCCUUCUUCUGGUCUGAAAUCACCUUUGGCAUUGCACCCACCUUCAUGCUAUCUUGGAACUGACACACCCUCUGAAGGACUUAUUAGAUGGCAGUUGCGGCUAGAGUAUUUUGCUUAUGAAACAUUGCAGGAUUUAAGAAUAGACAAACUUUUUGAGAUUAUUGUGGAUUAUCCUGACAGUUCUCCUGCUAUCGAGGACUUGAAACAAUGUCUUGAAUAUACUGGACAACAUUCAAAGCUGGUUGAUUCGUUUAUUUCUGCACUGCGAUAUCGUCUGCUUACAGCUGGUGCAUCAACCAAUGACAUAUUGCACCAAUAUGUUUCAACUAUUAAAGCACUUCGGACAAUUGAUCCAGCGGGUGUUUUUCUUGAAGCAGUUGGUGAACCAAUAAGGGAAUACCUAAAGGGGAGAAAAGACACCAUUAAAUGCAUCGUGACCAUGCUUACUGAUGGGACUGGUGGGAAUCCCAAUGGACCUGGAAAUGGGGAUAGCCUUCUUGAAGAAUUAAAUAGAGAUGAAGAAAAUCAGGAGAACACUAGUAUUGAUGAUGAUAUCAACACUGACGACAAGCAAGCAUGGAUAAAUGCCCAACGCUGGGAGCCUGACCCUGUAGAGGCUGACCCCUUGAAGGGUAGCAGGAAUCGAAGGAAGGUGGACAUACUUGGAAUGAUUGUUGGCAUAAUCGGUUCAAAGGAUCAGCUAGUUAAUGAAUAUCAUGUUAUGCUAGCUGAAAAGCUUCUGAACAAAUCUGAUUAUGAUAUUGACUCAGAAAUACGUACCUUGGAACUGCUUAAGAUACAUUUUGGAGAGAGCAGCAUGCAGAGGUGUGAGAUUAUGCUCAAUGAUCUGAUUGAUUCCAAAAGGACAAACACCAAUAUAAAAGCAACCAUAAACCAGCCAUCUCAAACAGGUGAUGAGUUAGGGGAGAAUGGUGUAUCACUUGAUAUUCUGAAUGCUACAAUCUUAUCUUCAAAUUUCUGGCCCCCCAUCCAGGACGAAACCAUUAAAAUACCGGGGCCUGUGGAUGAGCUGCUAAGUGAUUAUGCGAAAAGAUUUAAUGAAAUCAAGACCCCUCGGAAGCUAUUGUGGAAGAAAAAUCUUGGUACAGUCAAGUUGGAGUUGCAAUUUGAAGAUAGAGCACUGCAGUUUACGGUGGCUCCUGUGCAUGCGUCAAUCAUUAUGCAAUUUCAAGAUCAAACAAGCUGGACCUCUAAGAAUCUUGCAGCUGCUAUUGGGAUACCUGCGGACGUACUCAAUCGCAGAAUAAAUUUCUGGAUAAGCAAGGGGAUUCUUGCAGAAUCAUUUGGAGAUGACUCUAACGACCACAUAUUUACGCUGGUGGAUAGCAUUGCCGACUCUAAUAAACCUGGUGUUGGCGGUGGUAGCUGUGAUGAGCUUCUAGUUGGUGACGAGGAUGGCGAGAGAUCAGUGGCCUCCAUUGAGGAUCAACUACGUAAAGAAAUGACUGUGUAUGAGAAAUUUAUCACUGGGAUGCUAACAAAUUUCGGCAGCAUGGCAUUGGAUCGGAUUCAUAAUACUCUCAAGAUGUUUUGCGUAGCUGAUCCGCCUUAUGACAAGUCACUCCAACAGCUGCAAAGCUUCUUAUCUGGUUUAGUCGUGGAAGAGAAGUUGGAACUAAGAGAUGGAAUGUACUUUCUGGGGAAGUGAAAAGAGUGAUGGAAUUGAUUUCAUCCAUUUGAUCAAAAGCUACAAGUGAAUAGCAAUGUCGAGACCUCGUUUUGAAAGCUUUGCUGCGUGCACUCAUACUGGGGAAAACUGGGGAGCAGAAAAGUAAAAAAUUUCAAUUUUGACAAGAAGCCGAAUAGUUGUAUUAUUAUGCUUUGAUUGGAGUAGUUAUUUAUUUAAUGUUGGUCAAGUAUGAAAUAGUGAAGAUCAAAGAUUUGAAUGAGAGAUGAACACGAAGAGUAGUGCAUAGCAUAUUUUAUAUCAAAUAAUUUGGUAAAUUACACUCACUUAUGUACAAAUAAAUUAUAAGCACUUGUUUGUUGAUUAAAAAAGGUCUGGAGGGAGUUUCGUAAUUUCAAAAUAUUUUUAGAAUGGAUUUGUAAUAUUUUAGACUAUCACAAAUGAUCAUAUUUCUUCAGGAAUGAUUUUUUCUAGCCAUGGAAUUAAA